AUGUCGACACGAUUUCAAAAAGCAAAAGUCGCAGGAUGUUUUGCUCUAAAGGAGAACAUUAAAGAAAUUGCAUCCAUAAUGGUAUCGUUGAAUUGUGCCAACAUACAUGAAUGUAAGUGGAGGAAAAUUGAUGGUUUUUGGGCUAAAGUGUUGGAGGAGCUUGGACAACCAAACCUAGUAAAUUCACGCAAAUACCUUUAUAUGAUGUGGCAACGAAAUUGGGGAGGGUUUCAGAAUGCAUACGAGAGCGAACAGCAAAGGCAAACAAACAUCGCUAAAAUGGAGGUUGUUGGCUCUAGCAUUCCGGGAAGUCGUAUGCAAUCACAUGAGAAACGGGAAAAGGAGAUGCAGACAAAAGCUCCUAUAUCAGGUGAUAAGAACGUAUUUAUUGACAUAAAUGACUUUACACCAUUGACAUGUUUAGGGGAGAAUGAUAAGUCUGCAAGAAUACAAGUUAAGAAAGACGAAAAUAUGCAAGUAGAAGUGAAGACGUUGGAAACUGUUCUCCAAGAUAAAAAGUCAGCAUGUGCAACACCCUCUAGUCAUAUUCGUGUUUCUACUAGGCAGCGUCGUGCCCCAAAGUGUACACCCGAACUGCAACGAACAAGCUGUUUAUUGCUUUUGCCAACGAGAAGACAUUGGCUGGUAUUUAGUGUGUAA